AUGGACCACCCAGAGCAAACCUCAAUGUCUCAAAUCGUGGUUCUCGCCUGUAGCAUCCUCGUGUGUUUCGCGAGCACCAUUCUCUUCAUCCCGAAAAGUGCAGUCCUGAACAGACUCGGCGCAGCGGUGGCUCUGAGCUGCCUGCAGCAUUCCUUUUACACGUCCCUUUUGACAUCAUCGUUGCCUCCAGCACAAAUAACAGGCAUAUCUCUGUUCAGCUGGGGACUCUACGCCAAUGCCACUGAGCAGAUUCUGCUAUCGCGCUACGAUUUCCUUCGUGCCGUGGGCAUGUAUUUCAGCCUGCGACGAGUUGGCUUGCGAGGGGAGGUUUCGAUGAAGCACAGGGCCCCGACAAAUUCUGUUAGGUUUAUUACAACGAGGAUCAUCCAAUGUCUUUGCUGUUAUCUUGUCUUGGAUGCCAUAUUUCUCGCGCCUCGGCCAGAGAAGCACUUGAUCACGAGAGAAAAGCAGUCACUGUUCAAGCUAACAAGCCUCACUCGGGAAGACCUAAUCUUUCGCUUUGCUACUGCCCUUGGGAACUGGGUUAUUGGCUAUGUUUCGGUACGACUGGCCCACGGUUUUAUAGCUACUGUAUCUGUUCUGCUUGGCUUAUCUAAGCCAGAGGACUGGCCGCACCUCAACGGGCCAAUAAGUUCAUGGUCCACUGUCCGAACAUUCUGGGGGACAUUUUGGCAUCGACUUUUCCGCAAGGCUCUAACCGGGUGGGGGGACUUCAUUCCAGAUAAGGUUCUCCGGCUCCGUCGCGGUACACUCUUGUCACGAUACUUACGCUUGACAUUGUCAUUCUUUGCCUCUGGACUUAUGCACCGCUGCAUACAUUACUUCUACCGUCUUGAGGCCGGGGAGCGGUAUGAAAUGGAGACUUAUUUCCUUCUCCAGCCGCUGGCAAUCAUGUUUGAGGAUGCGGUGCAGGCUGCAACGGUACACAUUCCCCUCCCAAGGCCAUUACGUUGGAUGAUUGGGUUUACCUGGUUCUGCAUAUUCACCACGUGGGUGACGCCAUUGUUCCUUUACCCUACUAUGCGAGUGGCAGAUCCAGGGCAGUUGCUUCCAUUUUCAGUCGUGGGCCAUCUUAUGAAGUAUUAA